UAUGUGAAAAGUACUGAUCCAUUGCAUAAGCUCGUAGAAAAUACAUUUCUGUUGAACUGUGUAACGCUCGGUCCACCAUCGAUUGGCAUAUUUUCCAUACCUGCGAACGGAUAUUAUUCACUUUUUGCUGAGCUCACUUAA